AUGCCCAACGCCAUCCCAAGCAGGACCGGCAUCGCCCUACCAAAAUGCACGGAGAGUGAAUCCUUUGAUGAGUAUGGCCUGUCAUUGAAUAAUACAAAGAAUUACAGAAUAUCUUAUGGGGUUUACACAGCAGUAUACACAAUGGCCCUCGCUCUCCAUAAACUGAACAUGGAAGAAACAAGGGCAAAUCACCCUGACAGAAGAGAAAGCCAAGAAAUGCAUGUUGAACAGUGGCAGUUAAACGCUAUCAUACAGAAGAUGACUUCUGGGAAUAGGAUGAACUUUAAAUACCAUGACUCUUCAAAUUAUUAUGAAAUUGUGAAAUGCUUUUUCUUGGAAGAAGGAGGUGCCCGAACAGUGAAGGUUGGAAGCUUUGAUACAUCCAAACCUGCUGGAAAUCAGUUGUACAUCAAUAGCAGCGCUGAUCUCUGGGGCCCUUACUUUCCAAAGUGCCCCCAAUCACAGUGCAAUGAGCCCUGUAUGCCGGGAUACAGAAGGUCCAAAAUUGAAGGGAAACCUUCCUGCUGUUAUAACUGUGUGCCAUGUGUGGAAGGGGAAAUCUCUAACACAACAGAUGCACAAAGCUGUAUAAAGUGCUCUGAAUAUGAAAAGUCUAAUACAGAACAAGAUGGCUGCAUUCCAAAGAAUAUUAACUUUCUUUCCUAUAAAGAUAUAUUGGGUGCUACUUUAUCUUCCAUUACUAUUAUAUGUGCCGUUACUUGUGCUGUAAUCCUGGGAAUCUUUAUAAAGUACCGCGAGACUCCUAUAGUGAGAGCCAACAACCGAUAUCUCAGCUGUCUCCUCCUCAUCUCUCUCAUGUUGUGUUUCCUCUGCACUUUAUUAUUCAUUGGGCGCCCAACUCAGAUAUGUUGUCUCCUCCGACAAGUAACAUUUGGGGUUGUAUUUACUAUUUCUGUUUCUUCUGUGUUGGCUAAAACUCUCACAGUUAUUAUUGCCUUCAAUGCCACAAAGCCUGGGAGCAAGCUGAAGAAGUAUGUAGGAACCCAACUGGCCAUUGUAUUAGUCAUUGUUUGUUCUUUGGGUGAGAUUAUAAUCUCCAUUGUAUGGUUGGUCUCCAAUCCCCCAUUUUCAGAGACUGAUACUCUUUCUGAUCCAGAAAAUAUUAUUCUGCUGUGCAAUGAAGGAUCUGACUUUUUCUUCUUCUGUAUAAUUGGAUAUAUAGGGACGUUGGCCCUACUGAGUUUCAUUGCUGCAUUUCUAGCCAAGGAUUUCCCUGACCGAUUUAAUGAGGCUAAAAACAUCACUUUCAGUAUGUUGGGGUUCUGUAGCGUGUGGGGGACAUUUGUCCCUGCAUACCUGAGCAGUAAGGGCAGUAGAAUGGUGGCAGUUGAGAUAUUUGCCAUCUUAUCCUCCAGUGCUGGGUUAUUGGGCUGUAUAUUCAUUCCCAAGUGCUAUAUCAUAUUUAUAAGGCCUGAACUAAAUACAAAAGACACCAUUGUUAGAAAACGAUAA